AAGAGGAUUGCGUGUUCUGCUUCGUGUUUGGGAAAUUUGCCGGUUUGUGGAUCGAAUUUAGCUACCUUUUUUUAGGCGUACAAUGUUCGAACGAUAUCUAGCCGCUCUGCAAUACACUGGAAGCCAGCCGGUGAACAUUAAUGAUCUGAAAGAAUUCCGCUCCCUCGUCGUGUGGCUGGAAGACCAGAAGAUCCGCCACUAUACGAUCGAAAAUCGGGAAGAUCUGAAGAAGGUUGGCUCAGCCGAUCCGUGGAAUGCCGCCUACCGACAGUAUCAGCAUGACGUGGGUAUGCCGCAGGAGCUAGAAACGCGCCAGGAGCAACUAACGUGGUUGCUGCUGCACGCCAUCCGGCUGGAGUAUUCCGAUAAGGUGGAAACGUAUCGACCAUACACGGCAGCAAGCAAGCUGGCCGAGGAGAAGCCAUCAACGGUGCCGGAAGUGAAAUCGACCAAUCCCUUCGACAGUCUCGAUUUCACCAACGCACAGUUCGCCGAGGGUGCCCGCAAUCUGGCCGAUCGGUUGGGAAUCGCUUAUCACCCCGAUCACCUCGUGUCGCUGCGUGCGGCUGGACGGGUGAUUCACGAUUGCCUCAACAAGGAAACGCUCAAAGAGCCCCUUCCAACCGGUCUGGCGAGUGCGCUUGCACAGCUCGGCAUAGGAAAAACGGCCGGCCACGGGGGUGGCACCAAGAAAGAUGAUCAGAUCAUCGACGAGGCGACCAAAAUUUUCCGACUGCUGCAGAUACAGAAUAUACGCAAAAUGCAGACCACCAUCAACGAGACAAUCGUUACCGUGCAAGACAUUACCGCCGACCCGAAGACUGACUCAGCCUUGGGAAAGGUGGGCGUGUGAAGAGUCAGCUCCCCUUUGUGAUACGUACAACAGCGUACAUAUGCUUAAUCUAUGUUACUAAUUAAUAAAGCAACCCAACAAAUCAUUGUUUCUUUUUAA